UCAGUGUGAGCAGAGUUUCUCCUCCCUCAUGACACACACACACAGGAGAUGUCCGUGAUGAUGGUCCUGUAAUUGUUCACCAAACACAGUUUUACCCGCUGGAGAAGAGAAGCAGCAAUUACAGCCAUGUCACGGUACCACAAAGCAGCCAUUGACGGCUAUUUGGAUCUUUUGAAAGAAGCCACCAGAAAAGACCUGAACACCCCGGAUGAGGACGGCAUGACACCCACUCUCUGGGCGGCCUAUCACGGACACAUCGAAGCCCUCCAGCUCGUCUGUAGCAGAGGGGGGGAUCCAAACAAAAGUGACAUCUGGGGCAACACGCCUCUGCAUCACGCCGCAGCAAAUGGACACAUGCAGAUCCUCAGCUUCUUGGUGAACUUCGGAGCCAAUCUCUUCGCUCUGGACAAUGACUUCCACACGCCCAUGGAUGUAGCGGCUUCUCGAGACCACAUGGACUGUGUUCGGUUUCUGGACAACUCUGCGGCCCAGCAGACGGGCCAGAACGCCAAAAGAGUGGCCCGUCUGAAGGACCAGGCCACCAAAGAUGCAGAACGCCGAGUGAAGCAAUGCGAACGGGUCAAGAAGAAGCAUCAGACUAAGAUGGAUAAAAUGUACCGCGGUGGAUCCGUCUCUGAGGGAAGCUCGUUUUCCGGCACCGGGACUUUAAGCAGCGAAAACAGUGAACAAUUCUCCAAACUCAUUGCCGCAGACACCAACGGAUCCCUUACAUCGACCAUCAAGGGAACCCUCCAGCGCAAAUUUGGCAAGAAGGACAAAGGUACUGUGAGCAAACAAGGUGACAGCAAUGUGAUUUUUGUCAAGCAGGAUAGUGGCUCGCAAGAAAAACCGGAAUUCGUUGACGUCUUCAAUGAGCAGGAUGAACUUCAAGAUGACGAUGAUGGUGAUAGGAAUUCGGAUGAUGAAGGAGCAGGGAAGGUGAAGUCUAUUUUCGAAAGACCAGGCCUUGGGAAAAUGGUCUUUCGACGCAAUUUCUCAAUGGAAAUGGCUAUGGAUCCUGAAGACCUCCCUAUUGGUAAUACAGAAGACCUAGGGUACUUGAUCCGUCAGGAGCUGUUUGAAACCGUAGAUGAAGGAUUGGAGGGUUUGGAUGAAGAUGCAGAGCUGCCUUGGAAUGAAGAAGAGAUCGGUUUGAAUGAGGAAGAAGACGAGACCUCUAAUUUGGAUUCGUUUUUGGCAUCGAUCGGGCUGUUGGACUUUGGGCCGGUGUUCACCCGCGAACACUUAGAUCUGGAAGCUUUGAUGCUGUGCACUGAUGAUGAUCUGAAAGGGAUACGCAUUCAGCUGGGCCCACGGAAGAAGAUCCUAGAGGCAUCGAGUCGCAGGAAAGCAGUUCUGGAUCAGCCUGGAGCAUUGAAAGACACUUUCCUUUAAAAGAAGACUUUGCAGUAGAGAUUAAUGCAGGGGUGCCCAAACUCGGUCCUGGAGGGCCAGUGUUCUGCAUAUUUUAGUUUCAACCCCAAUUAAACACACCUAUUUUCA